AUGGACCCAAACAAAUGGACAGACGCAACUGUUCAAAUGUUCAAAGAAUCACAAGAAAUAGCAUUUGAAAGAAAAAAUGCAUAUAUUAUGCCAAUUCAUAUGAUGGAAGCAAUUGUUGAAGAAGAAUCAAAUAUUGUUAUCCGAAUAGUUGAAAUGAUGGGAGGUGAUGUUAAUAAAUUAAAGAAAGAAAUAAAAGAAACAAUGAAUAAAAUUGCAGUUCAAAAUCCACCACCAGUUGAUAUUGGACUUCAUCCAACAACACAACAAGUAUUAAGAAGAGCAAUAGAGAAACAAAAAAGAAUGGGAGACUCAUAUCUUGCAAUAGAUGUAAUUGUAAUGUCAUUAAUGGAAGAGAAAGAAAUUAGUACAAUAGUAGGAAAUAGUGGAAUUAAUGUGAAAGAAUUUAACAAAAAAAUAACAGAAAUGAGAAAAGGACAAAGUGUAGAAACAAAAGAAGCAGAAAGUCAAUAUGAAACAUUAAAGAAAUA